AGCUGGCUUGUGCGAUUUUACGCAACACAACUCUCUCCCACACCAGCAUGUUAUCAUUCGCGUUUGUUAUUAUUAGAGCAUCAGCCGUAGGAUUUUGUGCGCUAUAGAACGCAAAAAAGUGGAUUCGUUCGUAUUCAUCGUCGUCGUCUGCAAAUGCGAUCAAUUCUCUCCACGAGUCAGGCGAAACACGAUCAAAACAAGGAAACUUCGUCACACAGCUGAUGUGACGAGCUUCAUCAUCAUAUCGUCCGUUGUUUCUGAACAGUGACUGAUAAGCGCAAAGGUCGUGAGUGAAUCAACAACAGAGUCAUAGAACGUGUGUUUGUAUGACUAGUACGACAGUUAAAUACUAUAACGAGUUGAAAGACGAAGCUAUUAAACACGUUCUUUGUUGCCGUCGUGAACAUAACAGUUUUUGGGGAGGAGAUCGGUGGGUGUGGUCAUGUCAGAGAGCUCUGCUGAGAUUGAGUGAACAGGAUAAUCAAGAAAUUUGAGGUAAGGGGAGGACUUUAAGGAGGAUGCCUUUCAUAAGCAAAGACUGGAGGUCGCCUGGGGAGCAGUGGGUCAAAAUCGGACCUGGGUGGGAGCGAGCCAAGGUUCUCAACUAUCUCCAUUCGAGCUAUUUUGGAAAUGGGGAUGGCAGCGGUGGCAGAGGAGACGAAUCUCUCCAGCCUCAAUACAAUGUGACGACGCGGACCACGAGAGAAAUUCGUCGACAAAACACAUUGUCAGAGGCAUUGUUGCAGCUGGACUUUUACUCCGCGUGUCAUGACAUUCGUCGGUUCAACUAUACGUGUCGAAUGCUCCAACUUCUUCUACUCAGCAUGGACCACCUUCCAGGCAACGUUCAGCGCAUCCUAAUUCGCCUCAUUGAUGAGGCCGCCACUACAGCACGCCAGAACGGGUGGUGCGGUCAAGUUAGGGCCGUUCUUCAGGCCAUGAGGGAAAAGACGGUGGACCAACCCGUGUGGGGUGGGCAACUGGGCUCGACCAAGUUGUGGGAGGAGCACAAGGCUCACAUUACUAAAAUCCUCAAUUCUGAUUCUCAGUCAAACAUUGGCAGCGAUUCCGGGAAGGACGAUGUGGAUAAGAGUCCUCCACUUGACCAGCUCCCGGAGGAAGUUCUGCGACAGAUUCUCCUCAAACUGAGUUGUGAGAAGGACAUUGAGUCUCUUGGGAGCAGUCACGCCUGCCUGGGUCGCGUGGCGGGUGAGAAUCGCGUCUGGAGAGAGCUGGUGGCUUAUCAUUUCACUCCGCAACAGCUGCAAUUGAUCCAGGAUCGACUGGAGAGCCUCCCUAUCUGGCCAAACCAUAGGGCCGGACCCCUCAAAGCACCACUCGUGGUCACAGAACCCCUCUGGAAACUCAAAUUUAAAACUCUGAAGAGGAGAUACGGUCUAGGACGAGAAGAAUACGCGGAUGAACUCAAUCUCUGCAAAAGUUGCGGCCUCCUGUUUUGGACGAAUCAGACGAGUCAUGACUGUGGCGUCCCUCUUCUCGUCCGUGUCAAGCCAGGAGAGUUUAUCUCCCUCUUCUGCGUCUAAAGAGAGAUAGAGAGUUGAACAUGAUAUUACCAUAUACAUAGAAUAGAACAUUCAUUAUUUCGGAUUUCGGAUCGAAUAGGAUAUAAGAUAAGAAACAGUUAAAUGACUGACUGCAGCAAAGGUGAAGGUGAAUGAGUGAUAGCUUCAAACCAAAUAAUUAUAUUAUCCGUUUUUGUCAAUUCUUAAUUAUAAUUAUGAAUAUUGUGAGGAGGAGAAUGCUUAUACCGAGUAUGUCGUAAGGUGUGUAACAAUUAACUGAUACAUUUCAUUGUGAGCCUUGUGCCGUCGGGUAAAUAUGUAACUUUUGUGUCGUCGUUGUCGUCGUCCUCGUUAAUUAGUUUUUUGUGCUCUAUUCGAAGAAAUGUGUACAGAGCUUGAAUUUGUGAGGGGACGGAAGAAUUAUUGAAUGUAAUGCUGUCCUUUAUCAGCACGUCGUUUUAUAUAGAGAAAUCUUCAAUUUCAGCUGUGAUGGGUCAGGUUUGGCAGAGGAGUGAGAUGAGAACCAUUGCUAAUAAUUUUUAUAGCGUGUAUCUGUGUAAGUCAUUAGUCGACUACGCAGCGAUGUUUAAAGUCCACACCCAUCCCUCACAACCUCUGUGCAUUUACCCAGUUUCGUGGUGCUAGUACCCAUCUCACGUACAUAUGUACACAUACCUCCAUCGACAUUAAGAAAAAGUAUUACUGCUCGCUCGAGAGAGAUAACGCAUUCGUCAUUCCGCAAUAUCGCUAUUUAAAUGGAAACAAGUCGCAACUUAAUCUACAACUAUACAAUAGAAUCGCAAGAAUCACACUAUAUAAUAUAAAUAAAUAUCCUAAGGAUUUAGCAUUUUAUGUCAUCGAUUAACGCAUAGCAUUCAAUACGAGCUCGUUUUUUUCGUUUGUCUUUAUGGACACAAAUGCGUAGUUAUUUUCAUUCAACCAAUUGUUUGAUUUUUAGUCGAGUAAUAAUAAUAAUAAAUACUACUUGUUCUCAACUCA